AUUUGGAAUGGAAGAUUAUUUACGUCGGCUCCUCGGAAAGUGAUCAAUAUGAUCAAGUUCUUGAUAGCAUCAUGGUAGGACCCGUCCCUACCGGAGUUAAUCAGUUUAUAUUUCAGGUACCUGCUCCCAACCCCGAGCGUAUACCGCAAAACGAAAUCUUGGAUGUCACAGUAAUCAUAAUCACAUGUUCCUAUAAAGAACAAGAAUUCGUUCGCGUCGGAUAUUAUGUGAAUAAUGAGUAUAUGGAUGAAGAGUUGAGGGAAAAUCCACCAUCAAGUGUAGUGUUGGAGAAGUUAUAUCGAAACAUCCUAGCCGAUAAACCCAGAGUGACCUCCGCUGUCAUGUAUAGGGAUUCUGAGGAUGAAACACAGAUGGAGCGUAACCAACAGGAACAACAAACAUCUAUUCCAGAACUUAUGGGCGUUACGACUCAACAACAACCGCCACCUCAACCGAUCGGAUUUGGACCUUCUCCACAACCAUCCGGAUUUACUUCACAAUCAUCCCAACCUUCUAACUUAGGCAUCGGGUCCAAUUUCAUGGAAACAAUAUCAUCUUGA